GUCUGGCUCUGAGUGUGUGUAAGUGUGCGUCUUACUGUGAAUGUGCCUGUCCCCUUUUGCGUGCCUGUAGGUCCGUCUGCCUUUUUGUGUGUGUGUGACCUUGUCCAUCUGGCCGUGUAUGUUUGUGUGCUCUUUGUGUGUUCGUCCAUCUGUCCCAUCCCGUGCCCCGCCCGCCGCCACAGCCCUUCAGCACCGCAGAGCACGGACAGCUCCCGCCGACUUCUACCGCGGCGGCCUCGGGGACGCGCACCGCGCCGCGCCCAACAUCGCGCACCGCACCGCGCACCGCACCGCUCCCCCUCCCCGCCGGAGCGCCCCGCCCGGCGCCCCGCUCCGCGCUGCGCCCCGCCCUUCCGUACAUAAGCGCCACCGCCGCCGCCACUCGGACCCCGCAGCCAUGAGCUACAGCGCGGAGCCGGCGGCGCUGGCCGCCUCCUACCGCCACCUCUUCGCGGAGGUCCCGCGGCGCCCGGAGGGGUCGGCGGGCCGGCGGGCGCGCCAGGGCGCGGAGCCGGGGCUGGGGCGGGAGCUCAGCGCCGAGCCGCGGCGGGCGCGGGCCAGCGAGAAGGAGCAGCUGCAGGGCCUCAACGAGCGUUUCGCCGGCUACAUCGAGCGGGUGCGGGCGCUGGAGGAGCGGAACCGGGCGCUGGCGGCGGAGCUGGCGGAGCUGCGGCAGCGGUCGGCCGAGCCGCGCCGGCUGGGCCAGCUGCUGGGCGGGGAGCUGCGCGCCCUGCGCGCCCGCCUGGAGGAAGCGCACGGGGAGCGGGCGCAGGCGGCGCUGGAGCGGGCGCGCCUGGCCGAGGAGACGCAGCGGCUGCGGGCGCGCUGCGAGGAGGAGGCGCGGGGCCGAGCCGAGGCGGAGCAGACGCUGCGCUCCCGGCAGCAGGCGGCCGAGGGUGCCGCCCGCGACCGCGCCGACCUGGAGCGGCGGGCGGUGGCGCUGCGGGAGGAGCUGGCGGCGCUGCGCAGCGCCCACGCCGAGCAGCUGGCCCAGCUGGGCGCCGUGCUCCGCGCCGCCGCGCCCCCGGCACCACCCGGGCGGCCCGACCUGGCGGCAGCGCUGCGGGAGCUGCGCGCACAGUACGAGGCGCUGGCGGCCCGCAACCUGCAGGCGGCCGAGGACUGGUACCGCGCCCGCUGCGCCCGCCUCCACGAGCGGGCGGCCCGCAGCCAGGAGGCCGUGCGAGCCAGCCGGCGGGAGGCCGGCGAGUGCCGCCGCCAGCUGCAGGCUCGGCUGGCGGAGAUGGAGAGCCUGCGCGGCGCCCACCAGUCCCUGGAGAGGCAGCUGCAGGAGCUGGAGGAGCGGCACAACGCCGAGGCCGCCGGCCUGCAGGACACCAUCGGGCAGCUGGAGGAUGACCUGCGAAACACCAAAAAUGAGAUGGCUCGGCACCUGAGGGAGUACCAAGACCUGCUUAAUGUCAAGAUGGCCCUUGAUAUUGAGAUAGCUGCCUACAGGAAGCUGCUGGAGGGAGAGGAGAACCUCUUCAGCAUGGGAAGUGCCGGCCUUUCAGCACUCAACCCCACUUACUCCUUCCAGCCAAGGGGCUUUAGUUCCUCCACUCUGUCCUUCAUGGAGGAGGAGCAAGGAGAGGUUAUUAAAGUGACCUCUAAAAUAUCCACCAGCAGGGCUGAGGUGUUUGGGGGGACCAUAACCUCUGCCAAGAAAAAAGGAAGAUUAAACCUGCAUGAAGGAAUUGUUGCAAAUGCAAAAAUGUAACCAUCAAGACCCCAUCUGUGUUGCAUUUGAGGGGGAACAGUCUCCACUCAGCCUUUAAGUUGCCACUCCGGGCACAAUGCCACACUGGGCUUGUGGGAAGCCCCCCUUAGAAACACGUAGUCCCCCAGGGACACUGACCUAGGGCUGGCUUCCUCACGGGUCCUGCCACGAGGAGGCCGAACUUGGCACAUUGGUCCCUUUUAAAUGGGGCAGAGGCACGGGCCAGAUGCAUGUUGGUGGUGGUUGUGGUGGCACAGUGGACUCACGGCACCCACCAUCCCUCCUUCCCUCUCUCCUUCCAUGGCAGACAAGGGGGAGCUGGAUGGGACCGCUCCUCAGCUGGCUCUCCAGGGAGUGGGGGGGCGAGGGAAACAACACGUUUACUACAACUAGUUUCAAGGCUGAAGACCUUCACCUGCUAUCCAAAUCCACGUAUAGCUAAACCCUCACUUGUCAAGUUGUAACUGUCCACUUUUAAUCCCAGAAGCACAGAAAUAGCCCUACUGGACUGUAACCGCACCUGAUCUCUGGUCUAUGAGCCGCUUUUUAAACUAUAAGGAAUGUUCAUUUUUAAUUUUUCUUUUUUGCCUGGACAGCUGUCUGGUUUUCAGCAGCGUUAAUCCAGCCAGGCAUGGGGGGGUUGCUAGCAGUGGGUACAGGGCAGGGAACCGGUGCAUCAGAGGUGCAACUCCUCAUCUGGUGUCUCCAGCUCCAAUACAUCAGGGUCUGUAGGCCCCUUGUUUGGCUGCACAGUCAUCACGUGAAAACCCUGUGUUCACAUUAGCAUCGUGCUCCAGCCGGCACUGGGAAGCAGCAGGACUCCCAAACACAAGCCCACAAAGCAUCCUCGUCUCCGCUCUAACUGUCCAAUAUGUGCCAAAUUUGAUAUAGGAUUUACAACCAUAGGUUUCCUUCAAUGCCUUAAAAUUGCCAGCGAUCGCUUUUGCAAGAGCCGGAGACUCCGCGUGUGCUGAGUGUCAGUGCCCGGGCAAGGUCAUCGCCACGAGACCUUACUGCCCUCAUGGUAGUGCCAGAGUAGUUCCUGGAACCAGAAAAUCGUUUGCUCGCACUCUUUCCUCUUCUGUUGUAAGGCACAAGUUAAUAAAUAAAAAGAAAGAAAUAGUUAUGUGGAUUGAAA